UAUUUGUUUCAGCUUCUCUGGAUGAUGGAUGGAGUGAUACUCACUGUCACUUUGGUGCCAUCUGGGAAGAUGACACCAAAUUCUACCAUGACCCCAGAACAGAAAACAACAUUUGCCUUUGUGAUUUUAUUAUUUAUUUGCUUGGGAAUCCUCAUGGUUCGUCGCUUCCAAGUUCUCCUUGGCCCUUACCAGAGUAUGCCAGCCUCAACCUGCGCUGAUGGACUUGGUGGACUACAGAAAGGCCGGUUUGACUAUGCUCUUGCUUAG